UCUCUCCUUCUCACCCUCUCUCUCUCACUCUCACACUCUUUUAUCAUUCUCUCUCUCCCCCCCGGCCUCCGGGUCCUUAACAGUAACUCAACAUUCAACAAAGACCAGACCACACACACACCAGACCAGAUUCAUAGGGAGCAACUUCAUCAUCAUCACCAUCUCUCUUCCACCAAACCCCCCACCCUUCUCUCUGAUAAGUCAAUCCCAUCAAUCAAAUCAAAGAAUCUGAGAGAGAGAGAGAGAAAGUCCUCUAAUCAAUCAAUCACAACACAAAAAGAGAAACAAAGAUAAGAAACAAACAUGUCCGCGUCGUCCACUGCUUCCUUUUCACCGGACCAGAACCUCCUCUCUCCCUCCGACCAGCUCUGUUAUGUCCAUUGCGAUUUCUGUGACACUGUCCUCGCGGUGAGUGUUCCUUGCACCAGUUUGUUCAAGACUGUCACUGUGCGAUGUGGUCAUUGCACCAACCUUCUCUCUGUCAAUAUGCGAGGCCUGCUUCUUCCUUCUGCCAAUCAGCUUCAUCUCGGACACUCCUUCUUCACUCCCCAAAAUCUUCUGGAGGAGAUUCGAAGUGCACCUUCAACAAAUAUGGUAAUGAAUCAGCUACCGACUAGCCCAAAUGAUUCAGUGAUGGCAAUGAGUACCAUGCGAGCGCGACCUGAGGAAAUCCCUAAGCCUCCGCCGGCUAACAGACCUCCAGAGAAGAGACAGAGAGUUCCAUCUGCUUACAAUCGCUUCAUCAAGGAUGAGAUCCAACGUAUCAAAGCUGGGAAUCCUGAUAUAAGCCACAGAGAGGCUUUCAGUGCUGCUGCAAAGAAUUGGGCCCAUUUCCCUCACAUCCACUUCGGUCUGAUGCCUGAUCAUCAACCCGUGAAGAAAGCCAAUGUCCGCCAGGAAGGAGAGGAGGUGCUUAUGAAAGAUGGUUUUUUCGCUCCAGCAAACAUUGGGGUCUCCCCAUUUUAGACGUCAUUUAGGGUUUUCUGGUCUUGUUCUAAGUAAUGGAACUAUAUAUAUAUAUAUAUAUAUAUGACUCUUUGAAUUA